AAUCACACUAAUUUAAAUUAAUGCUCAUUUAAAUAAAGUAAACCUUGCGUAUAGGCCUGAGUCGUUUCUAAACUUUGGGAAGAAAUAUAAUUUAAUCGAUGAUCUGUUCACGGUUAAAUACUUUAUGGGGAAGGUGAAUUGCAUCAGUCCGUUUUUUCCCCAACUGCAACGUCCUGUUUUAGAGGAAAUUGUGAAUCUCUAAAAAAGGAAAAAGAAAAAACAGCGCCACAUGCUGUCUUCACCUCUUGUACCCCGCUCACUAACUGGUCCUGCUCAAAGUCGGACACUCCAGCAGCCUGAGACAAACACAUUUUACAGUGAACCUCCAUGUUUGACCACUGAUCCUCUGCUAUAACUGAGGCUGUAAAGGAGCAAGACACCACAGACGUGUCUCCUGCUUUUAGUCCUUGGGAAACAUGGAGUCUUUCUGUGACUACUGCUGCUGUUUUUUCCGCUGCUUCAUCACAGCGGCGUCGCCAGCACAGCAUAAGGAGCAACGGUCUGACAACACAGUGACAGAGUGAAGAAGGGGACAUCCCUGUCACCACUGUAACAACACAUCCGUGACUUCCGGAUACAACAUCUACAUUUCAAAAUAAAACGUAUAACAUAAACGUGUGUUGAAAAUCGCAGUUCAUUUCAUUUCGUUAAGCCAUUGGCGGUCCUAGACUAUUGGGCGCCCUGAGCCAAAUGGCCGCCACCCAACUGCAUCAGCUUCCAUUCUGACGAAAUCAAAAGUUUAAGCCUCGGUGGCAUAGUCAACAAUAUUCAACAUUCAUCUUAAAAAAAUGUGACUUUCUGUGACUAAACAUAUAACAAGAAAUCUAAAUUGGACUUAUACUAUUAUACUUAAUGUGAGGGAAAUCAUCCAAACAAACUGCAUCACUUCUAAAACAAAGAAACAUUUAAUUGUUAUUUUACUAUUUACGAAAGAAACUCACAAUCUCUUCUGAACCCAAAUACAAAUUGUGCUCUGCACACAAGAAAGCCCACUCUGCUAACCAUGCUGCUGCACACUUUUCUUUGUAUUGUAUUCACAGAGUAAUCUCAUCUCAGCAAAAUUGCCCGACCACCCUAAGCAUUUGGUUUUUAAUGCUUAUAUAUUUUCAUCCCACAAAUGUAUCAAAACUUACAAAAGAAAGGGACACCACUACGUUCUUGUCGAUGAAGUUGUUGCCUAAUAGUCCUUUGUUUUUCGACCGCCUUUGUGAUGCUUUAUUCUGAAAAUGCUAACCGGAUGUUAUGAGUUUUAACUUGAGACCUUUUGACUGUGGACAAAAAAACUGCGAAAUCCUGGAGAAGGACAGCGCCCAGAAGAAGACAAACCUUUGCUGGGGCUGGGAAUGGGAACGCGGUGUAUCUGUGCCGAUCUCUGGAGUGUGAAACUAAGGACAUGUCUGUAGGUUUGUUGAGACCACAGUGUGACACUCAGCCUUCCAAGCAUGCUACAAUAGUGACAAUAGCUCUGUGUUCCACAGCACUUUGCACUUAAUCUAAGACAAACGUGCCUUGUAAGGAAGCAGGAUGUUCACGGGAUCCACCAAACUGCCACCCACUAAAACUCCCCAGCCCGAGCGGCUGGAUGAAGUCUAUGCCGCCUUGCGUAGGGGCUUACAGUCGUACCUGCAGGUCCAUCAACUAGAGCUGGACAGUCUGGGUCAGCAGAUCAAAGAAAACAAGAGGAACGGUCGUUUGGGCUCACUGUAUGAGCAGGAUAAGCAAGUGAAAGCCAUUGAGAGAUUUAUGCGCCGCUUGGAAUUCCACCUCAGCAAGGUUGAAGAGCUAUACGAUGCCUAUUGUAUACAGCGGCGGCUGCGUGAUGGAGCCAGUAAAAUGGUGGCGGCUUUUAACUCAGCCACUGGCAGCAGGGAGGCAAGAGAGAGUCUGAGUGAAGCCAACAAGGGCUUCAAAGAAUGUACAGAGCACAUGUGCUCACUUGAGAGUGACAUAGAAAGCCAGAUGGGAGAAUUUCAUGUGAAGAUGAAGGGUCUUGCUGGUUUUGCUCGGCUCUGUGCUGGUGACCAAUACGAGGUACUAAUGCGUUAUGGACGUCAGCGCUGGAGGUUACGUGGUCGUGUGGAAGUCAGCAAUAAGCAGAUAUGGGAUAGUGAAGAGUAUAUUUUUCUGCCCCUCGUCACUGAGCUGCUGUCCAUCAAGGUGACGGAGCUGAAGAGCUUGGCUAAUCAUGUGGUGGUGGGCAGCGUCUCCUGCGAAAUGCUUGACCUGUUCUGCCCACUUCCCCAGACACUUGCUGUAGACAUCAACGAUCUUGGGACAGUAAAACUAAACCUGGAAGUCACCUGGAGUCCAUUUGACAAAGAUGACCAGACAUCAUCUACCAGCACGGUUUCGAAGCGACUACUGUCCAAUCAGAGCCCUCCUGACACACCCUCAAUGCGGGAGCAGGUCUUUUAUUCUCUGCUGAAGCGGCAGGGGGAAAUGGACAACGGCACAGUUUGGUCCAACUCCUCUGAAUCUUCCGACGACUCCUCCAGUCCUGCUCUGGCUCAUCAUGCACAGAAGCUCACGGCCUCCCACGUGCUGCAAACCACUCACGCUGGUCAGCUGUCCUUGACGCCACACAAGUCCAGUGCCUCAACGCCAUCACUCUCCUCAAAUCAGGAGGAGGAAGAGACAGAAAGUGGCGAGGUCUUCACUCAUACAGAUGCAGUGCCCAACGGCUACCUGCAGACUUCCUGCUCUCACAGCAGCCCAGACUGCACUGGGACUGACAGGGUGUCUCUACGGUCUGCUGACCUCUCAGAUGCCUCAGUAGAUCUGAGCAGCUCUUGUCCUGACGUCUCAUCGGUGCCUCCUGUGUGUGUUUUGGAGACUGCAGAUGUGUCUGACAGUGGCAUGACACAGGUGUGUGUCACAGCAGAAGAAGUAAAGGCAGAUGUAAGCCAGGACACAUCUUUACAGGCUGAAGCAGAGACAGAGGACAGAACCACUGACAGUCAGUCACACAAGUCCACCCUGGACCUAAGUCAAUCAGAAGACAGUCAAACAGUUCCUUUUCCAACAUCCUCCAGUUUCAUUCAGGAGGUAGAGACAGCACUUGAAAGUUUUGAUUUUCUCAACUACUCUGAUGUUGAUGAGGAAGAAGAGGAAGAAAUAGUAAAAGACGAGGAUAAAAAGCAUUGUGAACAAGAUGAGAAAGAAGGAGAGGAAGACAGAAAUGGACAACAUAAGGAAGUUGAACACAAAGUGGAGGAAGAAGAAGGAGAAGAGAAGGAUGAAAGCAAUUUCUACUCUGGAGAAAGUGAUGGUGAGGAAGAAAAUCACCUUGAGAUCCUUAUGGAAGCACCAGAAGGAUUUAGGAAUUCAGACGAAGAUGGUUUCUCUGAUUCACAGGAGUCUGUUGUUGAUGAUGUGCAGGACUUAACGUUGGAAAUGCCCUGUGUUGAAGAGGAAGCCAGUGGGGGAAAAGGAGACAAAGAACAUGGAGAGGACACGUCACAUGAUCAGGAGGAACGUCCCUCUACCCCCACUGAUUUGGUCACGUCACUUAUCUAAUGACACAGUGAAACCACUUCUAAACAUUUUCUCCCACCCAGACCGACUUGUCUUGUCCUCCUCCUCCUUCC